ACGUCCAAUUCAAAGACACAGUUGUGAAUGUGACACAAUCACAAGGGUGUCACAUUUUCACAAUAACAUAAAGUAGGAAAUCAAAUCAAAUUACCCGUUAAAGACAUACAAAAGGAGAAGUGAGAAAAAGUGAAAACAGAAACAAUCUCAAAAGAUGGAGGAGGAGAGGGUAUCUGUAGUUACUUUAAAAGCACACAUAUACUUCCUCUUCCUCCUCCUUCUGCCCUUUCCACUCCUCCGCUCACCUCACACCACCGGAUUCUGAUCACCAUGCAACUCUCAUCGCUAUAAAAAUCACCUCCAUCGCUGUCCGGGUCGCACACAUCCCACAAGUCUCUGUUUGACUGGCUGAGGUGAAUGAAGAUAUUCUAAGAGCUCGUGUCAGCGGAGAUGUUGGCAGGUGCGUUAGUUCUGGGCACCAUCCUCACAGCUUUACCAGGUAUCCAGAGCAGGUGGAGUGUGUCAUUUUCUAGGAGGGAGAUCUGUGUGUGGGCAGGAACAACUGUCACUCUGCCCUGUCGUUAUGACUACCCAUCAGGCCAUACUGUGAAGAGAGUCAUGUGGUUCCGUGUGUCUGCGGAGGGUCGCAGGGAGUUCACCCACCACACGGACUCAAACCAGAUCAGCCUGUCAUACCGCGGACGCACACGCUACAUUGGGGGCAGCUAUUCCAGCUGUUCAGUCCAAAUUCGGGGUGUGAAGCUGAGUGAUGCGGGCCAGUACCACUUCAGGUUUGAGACAGACCAACCACUGGGCAGAUGGACCUCCCCUGACACCAUCACUCUGGAUGUAACAGACCUCCAUGUCCUGGUGCAUCCAGCCAGGCCUGCCAACAUGUUUGGCUUUGGAGAGACGGUGUUUGUAGGCUGCCAGGCCAGAGGAUGCGCUGCUCCAGGAAGGAGCCUCGCACUCUACAGGAAUGGACUAAACCUCGGCUCCUAUGAGAAAUGGAUGAUUAUCAACCGCUUUGACCAACAGCAUGCUGGAGCGUACGCCUGUCGACCAAUCCCACCUCAAAAUGUACAGUCCCCAUCCCUCUCCCUGGCUCUGGGACACGGCCCUCACUCCACCUCCAUAGCAGUCUUUCCAGUAGGGGAGGUGUCCGAGGGGGGGUCUGUCACUCUGACCUGCAGUAGUGAUGCAGCUCCGCCUGUGGAGAGCUUUGCCUGGUUUAAAGACAUGGAGAGUGGCAGCAUCCCAGACAGUUUCAGGCCUCAGCUCCAUCUGUCCCACCUCAAAUACUCAGACAGAGGAGAAUACUUCUGUGUGGCACGUAACUCACUGGGAACAGACCGCUCCAAUCCACUGCAGCUCAAUGUCACUUACGCUCCGAAGAACACACAUGUGCUGGUGAGUCCUCGAGGUGACAUCAGAGAGGGUUCAUAUGUAAACCUGAGCUGUGUCAGCCACGCCAACCCUCCUGCCAGCAGGUAUUCUUGGUAUCGUAUCCUAGGUGAUCAGGUGUUGGCUAAAGGAACAGUUCAGAACCUGACGUUCCUUUCGGUGCGUGCUCACCACGCUGGUCAGUACUACUGCACAGCGUCGAACCGAUUAGGAUACCAAACCUCCCCUGCUGCAACACUCACUGUUCUCUAUCCUCCUAAGAACACCUCAGUUCUGGCUCGUCCCUCCAGUGUGGUGGAUGCUGGCCGGCCGUUGACUUUGACCUGCAGCAGUCAGGCCAACCCGGCAGUGGACAACUUCACAUGGCACCGAUUAGCUCUGGACGGGGGCUCUGUACAAUCGUGGGGCACAAAGUCUGGUCCCGUUUUCACCUUCUCAGAGGUCGGCCCCGGAGAGAGCGGUCAGUACUACUGUGAGGCCAGGAAUCGGAUCGGAACCCACAGCUCUCCUGUCCUCACUGUGCGAGUCAGAGGUCGUCUUAAGGUCAUUGCCCUGGCGUCGGCGGUGGGCGUGUCUGCUGGACUCAUCACUCUUACCGUGGCCAUAAUGAUCAGUAAGAACAUGCACCGAGUAGACAUGGAGUCAGUAGAAAUAGCAAACAAGCGUCCGUCAGUGACAGCUGACACCAUGUUCUAUGAGUCAGCCCAACAGAACUUCUCAGUGAGAAAGGGCAAGAUGUCCGACAUACCGGAAGAGCCAGAUGACUUGAGUGACAGCUCCUACCCCUCCAUCAUUCCUCUAAAGGAUGCUCCACCAAUCACAGAAGUUGAAAAAGGCAGCUCCGCCCCCAACUACAUCACCGUCCACUACUCCAGGUUGUCCAGUGGCGACCAGGUGCAGGUCCACAGCCUGCCACUAGGUGGUGAUAAAAAACCAAAGGACUCAUCCAAAGUUGUUUACACCUUACUGCCCCAGCCUCGACACUGAACACAAGGAAAAAGCUGACCAGCACAUCAGUCUUCCUCAUGUCAACCAGUCACUUUGCUUCCAUCCGUCCACAGAGGACCGUGGAAACCAGAAACUGCUCCUCGUGAACUCUAAAGAUGCCUUACACGGUUCUAGGUCGGACAUGUUGUUCUGGGAUUCUCCAUGGUUCUUCAGACCAUAAGGGCAACAUGUGGUCUUGCUACUGACUGGGAGUCAUGCCUCUACACUGUGUUGCAUGUCUCUCCUGUUUUUCCUAUGCAUCUUACCACAGCAUGAUGUCUGAUGAAGUCCUAAAGGGAAGAGGUGAAAAAAAAGGAACAUCAACACUGAUAGCCAUGUUUUACUUGCCUUCAUAUCCACAGCACAGGUUAUAACUACUGUUGCUUUUCAGUUGAUGCUCGACACUGAAAUUUGCAACCAAGAAUAUGUAGAUGACAUAAUAUGACUGGUUGCUGCAUUAACCUUUGCAUCCUCAGAAAACUGAAAAGUGAUAAUCAUCUGUAUUCAAACAUAAAUGUCUCCAAUAAAAAUGUCAGUUUGGUAUUAAUCAUAAUAGUGAAAAAUGCAUCUAUAGAUAAUAUGAAAUAUUUGACACGUGAAUUUCCACAUGUAUUCAACAUGUUCUAAAUAGGAUUGUUCUGAUUGCUGAUGCUGAAACAUUAAUUCAGUUUAUACAGCUUGUUUCCAUUAAAUCAUUCUUUCCAUUUUUAUGUAGUGUGAGCUAGGCCAGCAAUAAUGCAAAUUACAUGUUGUAGUUUGUUACAUUGAAGGAAAAUAAAAAAAAUGUAAUAA